GGUGUAAAGGGGAUGUAAAAGUGGCUUUACACCCUCGAAUUUACACCCUCCCACUGUGGAUGCUCUUAGGAUUUUAUUGUCGAAUAACAUAGCAAAAAGGCUGCGAGAAGCGUAAAACUUGAGAAAUCGAAAACCUAGCCUAGGGCUUUUGGGUGGAUAUCCAAUCCAUUAGCUAGCAUAGCAGCAAGUGGUGUAUGGAGGCAACCGACAGCGGCGGCGGCGGCAUGGAAGAUCUGACGGGACCAUUAAGGUCGAAUGAUGAGAGGUCCUUAUAUAUAUGUUCCAUGGUUUUGAAUAAUGUGGGUGUUUCUUACGCUAUCCAUUCCAUCAAAUUGAGUGAUUUGUUUUCGUCAUCAUGCUCCUGCAGCUUUGAUCCCGAUCUUCCUACCAAUCCUAAACCUAAUCCUAAUCCUGCUGCUAUUGGUUAUCCCGAUCUUCCUCUUAAUCCUACUACUAUUGGUGGUGAUGGUGAUAGAAGCAAAUGCCCAUGCCUGUCGUCCCUCAAAGCCCCCGAUGAGGAGGAUUGCUGUGAAUUAAACCAUCCGGAUGAUACACCGACCAGAACCGAAUGCGCGGCUUGCUCCAAGGGCAAUAGUGAAUUAUGCCAUCGGGCUUCUCUCACCGGCGAGUUUCUUCCCGCCGAAAUGGGUUGCGGUGUCUUUGGAUCUCAAAUUGUUUUCGCCGGAGGCUUUAAAUCCCACAUCACAAAAUUGGUCGGUCCCCAUAAGUGGCGAUUCGGACCAGACGCGAGUAGAGCUACAUAUGGAUUUGAGACUCGGGAUCCGAAUCCCACAAUUGAAAUGAGUGGCAGAGAGCGUAUGUUUGGGAAAAUGUUUGGAAAAGGGAUCUGUGAUCCCCUGCUGGUGGAGGUUUCGGGGAAACUCUAUGCUCUCGCCCGUCAGACGGAUUUCUUUCUUGAUAGUACGCCUUCAUACUUCCAGGUAUUCGACCCCAACUUUAAGAAAUGGUCUCCGCUUCCUGCACCUCCAAUUCUUGAAAAGGGACGCAUCAUGCGCCCCUCUUUUGCAAUCAUGGGUAAUUUUAUCCUUAUGUCGACUCCCAGCAUCCCUGUGGUUCAUGGUUUUGACACCGAGAAUGACGCAGGAUGGAUAGAAAUUGGUACCCCUAGGUUUUUCGAUGGUCGUAGUCUCCCCUUUAAAGGAAAAGCUUUGGCCGUGGCGGAUAACAAUGGCUAUUUCUUGUUCACAUUUGGAAAAACGAUUAUUGUCCACUUCAUCGGGGCUGAUCAUGGUCAAGUUAUCAAAGAACUGCCGCUGCCGCAAGAUAUGCCUGUUGAAUUUCGUAAAUCAGAACUUCAUCACAGUUUUAUCCAAGUAGAAGGUCACAAAGUCUGCUUGGUUUUGACCUUAUAUACGACUGAGAAGUUCCGGGGUAUGGUCUUAACCUUUGAAUUCUCACCGCGGGACGUCAAACAUGUGCAUACUCGCUAUUUUAGUUGCGAUAUCACAUGGUCCACCAUGAUUGGUGCCUUUGUUCUGUAAAUUGUCAAGAGAAGAUUCAUGCUACGAGGAGAGGACCUUGCAAGCUAGUUAUAAGUGUUGUCUUAGCUUAUUUAAGAUAAGAUUUUUGUCUUUGGUAAUGGCAAGAAAACGUAACUUAUUUAGAUAUGAUUUUUGAUUGCAAUCACAACUCAAGCAUGGAUUGUUUUUUGUAGAAACCUUUUCAGUUUCAUUCUCUAUGGCCUGGCCACCACUGCAAUCAAAUUAUUACUCUUAUAAAACUUAAGCAACCAA